AUGGAAGCAUUGCUUUCGCGUUUUGACCAUCGAGCACUGAUAUGGUCUAGAAGCUGGCACACAGAAUCAGCAAAAGUUGGCACACACGGAGUCUUUCACUUGUGUAAAGAUGUAGUGGUUUUUCUAGAAAACGUAAUGAGGGAGGUGCCGGCUUUAGCCACUCCAACAGACCACUCUGCAGCUACUUCGUUUAACAAGGAUGUUCUCAGGCCAGGAAGAAAACCAAGCAAACAUCAAGCACCAGAGCUAUUGUGGGAGAUAUUGAAGAAGAAAACAUCAAGUACCAGAGAGCCCUUUGAGACGUGA